AUGAACGGGCUAUUGGGACCAAAUUAUUUAGGAACAUGGUGCUUUUUCUCUAGAAGGGUUUUCUUUGGCGGCCCCUCACAUCUUUUACUUCUUGAAAUGCCCCAACAUGGUCCAAAAAAUGUUUUGGACAAACCCAUUCAGUCUCAAGAGGUUUUGGAAUUGGCUCACCAUGUUGCCGGUUGCAACUAUGGGAAGAAUACCACUUGGGGCUUAGAGGUUUCAUAUCCACGGUUUCUCUUGUAUGUGUAUCUUUGUAUCGGAGCCUACGGUCAAGAUCUCCUAGAUUUUGUGUUAGCUGGAGGAACAUUCCAUAGGUGGUGGAAUGACCAAAGGAUGUGGAUGAUUAGGGGACUUUCAAGCUUCUUGUUUGGAACCAUUGAGUUCUCUCUUAAAUCCUUAGGCAUUGCCUCGCAUGGGUUCAAUGUGACAAGCAAAGUCCUUAAUGAGGACCAAAGCAAAAGAUACGAACAAGGAAGCAUUGAGUUUGGAGUUUCAUCACCCUUGUUUGUGCCCCUUGCAAUGGCUGCCAUUGUCAACUUGGUUGCCUUUGCUUGGGGGAAUGUAGAGCUUAUCAGAGGCAGCAAUAGCCUGGAGGAACUGUUCAUGCAGAUGUGUAUAGCUAGUUUUGGCAUAUUGAAUUGCAAACCGCACUACUACAAAAAGUGA